CAUCUCGGCACUUGAUCAAUAUUUGCACUUCUACAUUUACCAAAAUCUGUGUAUAGACAGCACAGCGGCGGAUGGCCUGAACAACAAUAACCGACCAGCGUUCAAUAUAAUCUGCACUAGCUGGUCCCGGGCCCUAAGCCUCAUUUUUUUCUGCUUUUUUUUUUUUAUCUUUGCCCAUGUCUCUAUCAGCUGCCAGUACUCGAAAACCUCCAUCGAUCCCGUCAAAUAGCAGUCUUGCAGCAUCAGUCCGGAGUCAUGCACUUGCAGUACCUUCAGCGGCAAGAACAGUCAUUACUGCACCACCUUGGGCGCAAGACGAACCUCCUUCUCCCACAGAUGAUGACUAUCAUGAACAUGACCAGAGACCAUCCGACCUCGCCGCUUCUCGUUCGUCAUUGGGAGGAUCAAAUGGAAUUUGGUCCGAGCAGCAAUCACCGUGGGGGACGUUCGCACGUUCUCGAGAACCUCAGGGAGAGCCAUCGAGUCAAGCGGCUGGCAAGAUAGGUGCUGCCUACCAAAAUCGACCACCUUUAUCAUCGUACUUCAAUCCCCAGUCGCACAAUGAGUCCGAAUUUCAGACGGUCUCCCCAGCGGAGAAGGGUGCUGUGCAUUUUCAUGCCGAGUCCUCCGCGCCUUUCACUUUACCUUGCAAUAAAACACCUGGUUGGGACACGCCAUGGGAACCAACACGCAAUUUCCCUACAAAUGAUUGUUCCAAUCUUGGGGUGACUGGAGAUCACUCAGAUAAUGAGUCAGGAGACAGGUCUAACUCUGGGAUAUCUAGAAAGAAGCGUUUUAGAACUUUCAUUCUUACGAAUAUAUAUGUGCCACUGCUUUUUAGAUUCAUCAAUAUAACAUUUACAGCUGCGGCCCUUGCGGUGGCUAUCAGGAUACGUAUCGUUGAAUUGCACGAUAGUAUCAUGGGAAUCGUAGGAAGUUCUCCAACCUUGGUGAUAAUAUUUGCACCUCUGACUUUGGUUCAUGUUAUGGUGGCGAUAUAUGCAAGUUUCUCCACCUUGAUUUCUCAUCACCAUCUUAUUCCAUUACAGCUCGAAUAUUUCGGUCGCCCCAUGGGAUUAUGGCGAACAUCUGCCAAACUUGCACAUACCCUCCUCGAAGUUUGUUUCAUCUGUGCAUGGUCCGCGGCGUUUUCUCUCUGUUUCGACAAUUUCUUCACUUCUCUUAUUCCCUGUGCCUCGGCAAGAAGCAUUGCAUGGUAUGACGAACUCAGUCGGCCAGAGCUAACACUUCCGAACCUUGGACGAAAUGAGGGUGGAGUGGGAGAUACGCUGUGUGACUAUCAACUUGCAUUGAUUUGCCUGGUUGGAGUUGGCCUUGUCACGUAUUGCAUCAACAUUGUCAUCAGCCUCUUCAGGAUUUUUGAGAAAGUCAAGUCGUAUGCUGGCUUUCGCCCUACAAUACCCGGGCCAUUUUAGCGCUUUACGCGGCACGUAUACUGUUCUAUCCUAGUUUAUACCACAUGGAUCCAUUAUUUUCAUGCUACACUGCGUAUAUUUCUUCAUUAUCACGGACUAUUAACAUUUUAGGCGCUUCAGCGUGGUGUAUUAUCUACAUACCUGUCCUCAUCCACGUGUACCAUUAAAAUGGAACAACUCGUUCUAGAGUAGCAUUAAAGACCAGAUCAUUGAAUUG